AUGGUGGUCAUCUCCAAGAUUAAGAUCAUCUACAUCACCAUGGCUGACGAAGUUCACGGAGAGGAGGUCAGGAGGACGGCAGACGACGAAUGUGUCGUCCACAAGGACGCCGCGUCGUCAUGGAAGACGAUGGCGACCGUGACGAACGUGACGAGCGCCGUGGCCGACAACCUCGUCCCCUACACGUCCUACGAGUUCUUCGUGCGGGCCAGCGCCGUGGGGGGGUGGGUGGCCCCCAUUCGGUCCGGGAGGGGACCGUGCAAAGGGGACGCGGUUUCUAGUGAGCCCGGACCGGUGCAGACUCAGCGCACCAUGCCCGGCAUCCCCAAGCACGUCCCCAGACUGUACGUGCACAAGCUCUCCCUGUGGGCGCUGCGGGUGGACUGGGCGCCGCUGACAGUGGCCGAGGCGUCGGGGGAGGUGAAGGAACAGCGCAUCCAGUGGCGCCCACUGAACAAUUCAGCGGCAACCAUCAGCCGGAUAUUGAAGCCCGAUGUUCACUCCUACAAUAUCUCUGGCCUGACCCCCGGGCAGGUCUACGAGGUGCUGGUAGAGGCCCGCACCGUAGGAUACCCUGAGCACAAGCCGAACUGGACGCGCGUCAAGAUGUCCCUGCAGGAGCCCCGCGCCCUACACCUCGCCGUCAGUGCCGACGACCCCCAAGUCAUGUUGGGUUGGCCGGAAGCUGAUGCUAGCGCCAAGCAGUCGCAAACCAAAUAA